AAAUAAUUUGAGCUGAUUCACUAGAAAGGUAUUCGAACUCUGUGAAGCAAGUUAUGUAAAGAGUCCUGUUGGGGACUAUGGCACAGCAACGAAAAGUGUUCCCCAUAGGCUCAGAGGUGGUUGCAAAGUAUGACUUUAGUGGCACCAAAAAUCGGGAGCUGAGUUUUCAAAAGGGGGACAUCUUGACCAUAACACGAUAUUCUAAUGAUCCAGAAUGGCACUAUGCGAGACACUCCGAAGGAAGGGACGGUAUUGUACCAACUAACAGGCUCGCUGUUAGAGGUGUCCAACUUCAGGCCAUGCCUUGGUUCCACGGUAAGAUGGACAGGGAAACAGCAGAAGUGGUUUUACAACCUCGAGUUGACGGACUCUAUCUAGUGAGAGAGAGUAACCACUUUCCUGGUGACUACACUCUAUGUGUUGUGUAUAACGGAGGUGUGGACCACUACAGAGUUAAGAAGGAUGGCAGGGGAAUGAGUGUGGACGACAUGACCUUCUUCAGCAACCUUAUCGAGCUUAUUGAACAUUACUCGAAUGAUAAAGAUGGCCUAGUUUGUGAACUGAGGAGACCGGUCGAGAAAGAGGGACAGAAAGAAUUCUGUGUCGACCAGAAGGCCUUUGCGGAAUCGGGCUGGGUUAUAAAUCAACACGAGAUCGAUGUUAAGGAGGAGAUCGGAAGUGGCGAAUUUGGAGUGGUUUACAAGGGAGUACUGAACGGGAAACCGGUUGCUAUAAAAACUCUGAGGGAAGCUAAGAAUAUGGACGAUUUCCUGGUUGAGGCUUCCUCAAUGACGAAUCUGCGGCACGAAAACUUGGUGCAACUGUUAGGAGUAAAACUCUCCCCGCUUCCCAUCUACAUCGUCACAGAGUUUAUGGCUAAGGGUUCGCUGACUGAUUAUCUGAGGUCACGUGGCAGGUCUGUUAUCAAGUGGUCGGACCAGUUUCACUUUAGUUGGCACGUUUCCAAAGCUAUGGUCUACCUCGAGUCAAAAUCAGUGAUACACAGAGAUUUGGCUGCAGCCAAUGUUCUUUUGAACGAUGACGCCAUCGCUAAGGUCUCUGACUUUGGUCUGUCGGGGAGAAUUGAACAAAUCAAGGCGGGCGGAAAGUUCCGGGUUAAGUGGAGCGCCCCCGAAGCUUUGAAAGAUAAUAAUGAUUUUACCCCGAAAAGUGAUGUUUGGAGUUACGGUGUCCUACUCUGGGAAAUCUACUCUUUUGGGAGAGUUCCUUAUCCUCGAAUCCCUCUGAACGAUGUGUUAGACAAAGUAAACGGUGGUUAUCGCAUGGAGAAACCAGAAAAUUGCCCGGACCAGAUGUAUCAGAUAAUGUUGAAAUGCUGGAAAAGUCGACCUAGCGACAGACCUACUUUCGUUCAAGUUCAGAAACUCUUAGAAGAGGCAAAACCUUUUGUUCAGUGAUCCGAUUUUAUUUUGAAAAUUAUUAUCAUUUCUUGACGUAAUUCACAGAGAACCGUUUUAAUCAUAAUAGUAUGUAACUCUUUGACCACAAAAAAAUGGAGAAUGUUGCUGCUUUUCUUUUGAGCGUACAAUUAGCAGCCUUCCGUUUUAUAAAUUUAAUUUCACGAUAAAAUAAAGUGAUUUGUUUUACUAUUACUAUACACUUUUAAUAUUGAUUUAUAGCAAUAUGUUGUUUUAGUUAUGAUUUCUUUUCCCUUUCGAAAGGUUAAUCUUAAA